ACUGAUCUACCAAUGCAAAACAAUAAAACAUGCUUUUUACUUUCUUCGUUGAUUAAGUUGUGUAAGGAAUAAUAAGAGUACUCUCCCUUUCUAAUGUAUACAACAAUAUGGCUGCGUCCUUAAGGAAUUUAAUGUCAAGAUUAUGUUCUCAAGCUAAGUCUACAUUAUCAUCUAGAAAACCUUUGUUUUCUUCACCACAUGCGGAGUAUUCAGUCUUCACUAAUGGCAAAUUACUUCUGAGUAAAAAUGUUCUUACUUCUAAUAAUGUUGAACCCACUAGGCACUCUAUUAUCCCCCAAAAUGCCUUUCAUACAACUCCAGUUUCUUCAGUCACAUAUGAGUUGAAACAAUGGAGAGAACACAGAGUCAUUCAUCGCUUUUAUAGACUCCACUGGGGAGCUUGGAUUCGCUGUUUUGGUGGCAGGCAUAAGGCCCUUUACAAGAAAACAGAUUGGAGGCGCUGGUUACUCAAACAGCAUGUUUUCUGCACAAGAACUCAAAGUAGAAAACUGGAUAUUUUAGUUACAGCUAAAUGGAAAAAACCAAUGUAUUUCGCUGAUUCUCCCUAUGAACCUUAUCAAAUGCGCACCAACUGCCCAUCUUUUCCUAAUCACAAGAAGUUUUAUCCUUAAAUAAAAUGAAGCUGAAACUUUUUUAAAA